AUGAUGAAAAGAAACGGUAUUCCUAGUUUAUGCUUGCGAGUGCUAAUCAUACUAGCUUGUUUUUCUUCAAGUAAUGCCGUUGAAUCAGACAUCAGCUGCCUAAGAUCUAUCAAGGAAUCGCUGGAAGACCCUUUAGGUUCUCUUUCUUCCUGGAUAUUUAGCAACAAUACUGAAGGUUUAAUCUGCCACUUUCUUGGUGUCGAAUGCUGGCACCCUGAUGAAAAUAAGGUUCUGAAUCUUCGGCUACCAGACAUGGGACUCAGAGGACCAUUUCCAAUGGGCAUAAGAAACUGUAACAGCUUGACGGGAUUAGAUCUUUCUAACAACUACCUCUCGGGACCCAUUCCUUCUAAUAUUGCACAAGUUUUAGGAUUCAUCAGCACUCUCGAUCUCUCCAACAACAGUCUCUCAGGCCAAAUCCCUCCAGAACUGUCUGCACUUAAGCGCAUCAAAGAAUUUAGUGUCGCUAACAAUAACUUGUCAGGACACGUACCCAUGUUUGACGAUGCUAUCAGACAAAACUAUAAAAACAAUAAAGGACUUUGUGGAGGUCCACUGAAAUCCUGCAAGGAUGAAGUCCAUGAUGAUCGAUAUUUUUUCGAUCAUCAUUUCUUUUCAGGGUUUUCGGCUGGAAUAUCUGUUUCUACAUUUUUAAGUAUGUUGUUUAUGUUUUUAUACUGGACAAGACCAAGUAAAAGAACCAUGAGUUACUAUCAUCUUUUGAUCAAAAACAUAAUAAGAAGAAAGCAUCACCAGAUUCCAACAAGCCCCACAAUCCUAUUUGAAGAAGAUCUUAACAGCAUGGAAAUGAAGGUAACUGCCAUGGAAAAGUUUAUCCGCAGACUAAGUUUGAUGGAAAUUCAAAUGGCCACUAAUGAUUUUGACAAUAAAAACGUAAUUGACCAAGGAGACAUGGGACUCAUGUACAAGGCUGUGUUUCCAAAUGCUUUGCUGCUUGCAGUCAAGAGGCUCCAUAGGUUUGAGAGCUUUGAGAAAGAGUUCUUAUCAGAAAUAGAAAUUAUAGGAAGAUUGCGUCACACAAACUUAGUACCACUGCUAGGUUUUUGCUUUGAAAUGGAAAAGAAAUUUCUGGUAUACAGGUACAUGUGUAAUGGAAGCCUCCAUCAAUGGCUACAUGGUAGACCAGAAGCAGAAGCUAAGAAAAUGGGAUGGACUUUAAGGUUAAAGAUUGCAGUAGGGAUAGCACGAGGGGUUGCAUGGUUGCAUCACAACAAUGUCCUCCGCGUAGCCCAUCUCAGAAUCACCUCAAAAUGUAUCUUACUAGAUGAAAAUUUUGAGCCCAGGAUAUCAAAUUUUGGCAACGCCAUAAUCUUGAUGAAUUGUAGUGGCACCCCUUUAAGUGUUUGCAAUUUUGUGGUUCUAGAUUCUAGUCUAUUCAAGGAGGAUAUUUAUAGCUUUGGCAUUUUGUUGCUUGAGUUGGUUACUGGUAGAGAACCAGCUAUAUGUAGAAAACCAUCUACAUGGAUCAACUCCCUAACAGGUCAUCUGUGCAGCAGGGACUUCAAUCUGAUUGAUGAAUGCUUAAUGGGACAAGGAUUCGAUGAGGAAAUAUAUGAAACACUUAAAAUAGUAAAAAAGUGCAUUCAUCCACCUAGACAUGAGGCAUCAAGCAUGCUUCAAGUGUAUCUAGCAAUUCGUGACAUUGGCGCAUCAAGAUCUAGAAGCGAAAUUUCAGUUUAUUCAUUUAGUAAUGUAGAAAAUUAG